AAAAAAAAAAAAAAAAAACACGAACUACGAAGAGGCGAUUUCCAUCACAGGGAAUAGGAAGCAACGGUAAACGACGCUUCCGGGACCGGAGCGAUUGUGACAGGGAGCUUCAGAAUUUGAUUCAUAUUACAUCAAUCGCUCUUGGCGACUCGGUCAUUGUCGUCGAUCAAUCGCCAUCUCCUGAUGAUAUUAACUUGGGGAACCCAUUAAUCCAUUUCGCCGUCUUUGCCUGAAUGCUUCAGCGUCUCGUUUUAUAGUUCUUGAUCCAUGCAGAUGACAUCCUUCUUGGCACCUACUCAACGCUAUGCCUCCGGAGCAUUGUUUGCACUUGCUCUUCAUCAGGCCCAGAUCCAUCAGACGCGCCCUUUAGGGCAUUCCGAUGAUGAACCUCUGGUGGAGGAGCGAACGAGUAGUUGUAGCGGCAGUAGCAGUGAUUCGGUCUCUGAUGAUCCCGAGCUUUGGGUCCAUGAGUCAUCGGGCCUACUUCGUCCUGUAUUCAUGUUUUUAGAGAUCGACUCUGCAGCUUGGCCUGGACUCGAGGAAACUUCAGGAUCCGGUACAGCUAAGCAUCACAUUGGAGCAUUCUUGCGGUUGCUAUCAGAGGACAAAGAAAAUUCUUCUGAGAUGAUAGAACGGGAACUUGCUCUAUCAAAAUCUGUUGAUGGUAUAGCAGAUAACAUGGAGAAGAAUUUUAUAAGUUCUCAGUCUAAUGAAAAGUGUCUUGAAUAUGAACAUGAAUGGCGAGAGAAGUGCUUGUCUUCCAAGGAAAAAUUGAAUUUUGAAGAAUUUGACAAGCAAACAGAAGGCACUGAUGGUAAUGCAGUGGUUGUUAAACGGCCAGAUGGUGGAGCAUGGAUUGAGACUAUUGAGCAACCAAUUGAAGAGGAAAAAAUGCUUAGCUACCGGAGAAAAGUGGUUGUUCUCUAUGAGCUUCUAUCUGCUUGUUUGGCUGACUUAAGCGUAGACGACAAGAAAAAAUCCCGGAAAAGAAAAGGUUAUGAUGCCCGGCAUCGUGUGGCUUUGAGGUUAUUAUCAACCUGGGUAGAUAUCAAGUGGAUAAAACUGGAAGCAAUUGAGACAAUGGUUGCUUGCUCAGCUAUGGCUAUGGCUAAAAGCGUGGCAGAGAUAGGUCAUGAAAGCCCUACAAAGGAGAGUCACUGGGCUAAGUGGAAACGUGGUGGUAUUAUUGGUGCAGCUGCAUUAACUGGAGGGACCUUGAUGGCAAUUACGGGAGGAUUAGCUGCACCAGCAAUUGCUGCAGGUUUUAGUGCCUUAGCUCCAACAUUGGGUACCAUCAUCCCCGUCAUUGGUGCAAGCGGAUUCGCUGCAGCUGCCAGUGCUGCCGGGACUGUUGCUGGAUCCGUGGCUGUUGCUGCAUCCUUUGGUGCUGCUGGAGCAGGACUUACAGGAACCAAAAUGGCUAGGAGAAUUGGGAGCAUUGAUGAGUUUGAAUUUAAACCAAUUGGAGAAAAUCAUAACAAAGGCAGAUUGGCAGUUGAGAUAACUGUGUCAGGUUUUGCCUUCGAUGAGAAAGAUUUCAUAAGGCCAUGGGAAGGACUAAAUAACAACUUGGAAAGGUAUGCACUGCAGUGGGAAUCUAAAAAUAUAAUUGCAGUGAGCACUGCAAUUCAGGAUUGGCUUACUUCAAGACUUGCAAUGGAGUUGAUGACGCGUGGUGCAAUGAUGACUGUUUUGAGCUCUCUUUUAGUAGCACUGGCUUGGCCAGCUACCUUACUUUCGGCUACUGAUUUCAUAGACAGCAAGUGGACAAUUGCCGUUGACAGAUCAGACAAAGCUGGUCGAAUGCUGGCAGAUGUGUUGUUGAAAGGUUUACAAGGGAACAGGCCUGUGACACUUGUGGGGUACUCACUGGGUGCACGUGUAAUAUUCAAGUGUCUCCAAUAUUUGGCUGAGACUGAAAAAAGCGCCGAGCUUGUGGAAAGAGUGGUUCUUCUUGGAGCACCCAUAUCAAUUAAAGAUCAGAACUGGGAAGCUGCUAGAAAGAUGGUAGCUGGAAGGUUUGUGAACGUAUACUCCACAAAUGAUUGGAUGCUUGGAAUUGCUUUCCGUGCCAGUCUUCUUACUCAAGGGUUAGCUGGAAUUCAACCUAUCGACGUCCCUGGCAUUGAGAAUGUUGAUGUGACAGAUGUGAUUGAAGGUCACUCCUCCUAUCUAUGGGCUACUCGCCAAAUCUUGGAGCAGCUUGAACUGGAAACCUAUUAUCCAGUUUUUAGUAGUUCUGGUAAGCAAUAGGGGGAGAUGAUAUGCAUGUUCUAUUCUGCGUUUGAUGCUUUAUAGGAGUGUUACUCUGUGUUCCCGGUGGUCGUAGUCACGACUGCCGAGGUCUGUGUCGAGUUUCGUGGGAUGAUGGAAAGCCAGGUGCAUUCUUAAUGUUCUAUGUCUGAAAACCAAAUGGAAAAAACGAAGGUUGCUGAUUGAUUUGUGAUGAAGAAAAGUGUGAGGAGUCAUGUAACCAUUGGUUACAUUAGGAGCCAGGCUUGGUCCCCUUUUAUUAUCAUUGUAAGA